UGCCAUAGUCUCUCAUUACAAACAUACAUACUCUCUCUCUCAAUCUCAUAUAUAUAUAUAUAUAAAAAUAUAUAUAUAAAUAUAUAUUCUCUCUUAUCUUUACGACUCUAUUAAUUAAAUAUAAAUACAAAAUACUAGUUAGACUAGAUACAUACCAUCAUGACCAGUGAUGUCGGCCAUCUUCCCCAAACUCAGGGGAAAACCCUCCCAGAUUCUUGGGACUGCCGAGGUCACCCCUCCGAGCGCUCCAGAUCCGGCGGAUGGACCUCCGCCGCCAUGAUUUUAGGAGUGGAAGCAUGUGAAAGGUUAACAACGUUAGGUAUAGCGGUGAACUUGGUGACAUACUUGACUGGAACUAUGCACUUAGGCAAUGCUACCUCAGCCAACACCGUCACAAACUUCCUCGGCACCUCUUUCAUGCUCUGCUUGCUAGGCGGCUUCGUCGCCGACACCUUCCUCGGCCGCUACCUCACCAUUGCCAUCUUCUCCACCGUUCAAGCAGCCGGUGUGACAAUAUUAACGGUAUCGACCAUGAUCCCAAGCCUACAACCACCAAAAUGCACGAAGGAGAGUGAAUCGUGCAUCCCUGCAAGUGGGAUCCAGUUAACGGUUCUUUACACGGCCCUGUAUAUGACGGCACUGGGAACCGGUGGUCUGAAAUCAAGUGUUUCCGGGUUCGGGUCAGACCAAUUUGAUGAGACCGAUAAGGAAGAGAGAUCCCAAAUGACAGCCUUCUUCAACUGGUUCUUCUUCUUCAUAAGCAUGGGCUCACUCGUCGCCGUUACCGUUCUUGUAUACAUCCAAGACAACGUCGGAAGACAAUGGGGUUACGGUAUAUGCGCUUUAGCCAUUGUUUUCGGCCUCUUUGUCUUCUUGGCCGGAACUAGACGUUACCGUUUUAAGAAGCUAGUUGGAAGUCCCUUGACUCAGAUAGCCGCCGUCGUUGUCGCCGCCUGGAAGAAUCGGAGACUGGAGUCACCAUCUGACCCGUCGUUGUUCUAUAAUGUCGAUGACAUUGCUGAUGGAAAGAAGAAGAAGAAGAAGAUGAUGAUGAAGCUCCCUCAUUCAAAGCAAUUCAGUUGCUUGGACAAAGCAGCAAUCAACAGGCCAGAACUAACCCCAAACAAGAUAAACAAGUGGAACCUUGCAACACUAACCGAUGUGGAGGAAGUAAAAUUGUUGAUUCGAAUGCUGCCAAUUUGGGCCACCACCAUAAUGUUUUGGACAGUGUACGCCCAAAUGUCAACUUUCUCAGUAUCCCAAGCAACCACCAUGGACUGCCACAUUACCAAGUCCUUCAAAAUCCCUCCUGCCUCAAUGACAGCCUUCUUUGUUGGCAGCAUUCUCUUAACUGUCCCAGUCUAUGACCGAGUCGUAGUCCCAAUUGCCAGGAAGUUUUUAAAAAACCCUCAAGGCCUCACCCCGUUGCAACGCAUCGGGGCGGGAUUAUUCCUGUCAGUCUUAGCCAUGUUGGUUGCAGCUUUGAUCGAGGUCAAGCGCAUCCACGUGGCCAGGCUGCAUGGUCUCACAAACAAUCCUAAGGCUGAGAUUCCCAUAAGUGUAUUCUGGUUGGUCCCACAAUUCUUCUUUGUGGGUUCUGGUGAAGCCUUAAUUUACAUCGGUCAACUUGACUUUUUUCUUAGGGAGUGUCCUAAAGGAAUGAAGACUAUGAGCACUGGACUGUUUUUGAGUACAUUGGCAUUAGGGUGUUUCUUUAGCUCUCUAUUAGUGUCUAUAGUUCAUGUGGUGACUGGGAAGAAGAAUCCAUGGUUGGCUGAUAAUCUCAACCAAGGAAAGCUCUAUGAUUUUUAUUGGUUGUUGGCUAUUUUGAGUGCUUUGAAUAUGAUUAUUUUUUUGGUGUGUACUCAGUGGUACGUGUACAAGGAAAAGAGGCUUGCCGAUGCGGGUAUGGGAUUGGAUGAUGUUGAAGAUGUCGUUUGUCAUUAGUUAAAAAUAAUAUUAAUCCAAAGUGAAAAAAGAAAUUGAAGAUCAAAAUUAGAUCAUGAUCACAUUCUAUUGGUGAUUAUAUAAUUGAAGAAAGAAGAAGAAGAUGAUGAUGAUGUCAUAUUCAUCAGUACUGUUAAUUAGAAUUUUUUUCUUUUUUUGAAAUAUCAAGUUUGUAAUAUAAGCCUGCUUACUUGUAUGUAUAACAAAAAAUGUUGCAAAAGGUAAUAAAAGUUUCAAAUUUUUGGCA